ACCGGAGCAGAGGUUUAUUAACGAGCAGCGGUGACAGUGAGCGCACACGGAGAACACCAUCGCGCAUUUUAUCGCGUAAUUUUACAUUCAGGGACGCACGGAAAUAAUGAAAACAUCGUGAAAAUGUGCUGCGAGCAGUUGGAUUAAAACUCACCUUUCAAAUCCAGCAAAAACGGGGGCAUUUCUGGAUCACACCGAUAUCUAUUCAGUUUAGAGCGAAGAGAGCAGGCAUGUCGUCGGAAAAACACGGUCUGGAUGAUGCGGGUCGUCAGUCCAUGCAGCCGCCCCCGUACCUGCCCGGUCCGGACCCCAACAUGGCCGUCACUGCAGGUGGGGGCCCUCAGGGUGUACAGCCCGGGUACCCCGCUCCUCCAGCCCCUCCUCCCGGGACAGAGGGCUACCUGCAGGAGACCCAGUUCCACUGCGCCCCUCCGCCUCCACAGGGUUACACGGUCCAAACGCAGGGGCCAGGGGGGGCCAUGACACACCCGCCUGUGGGGUACAUACACCCGGGAUACCAACUCCAGCUGCAGCCCUGCACCGCCUACGUCCCUGUCUAUCCAAUGGCAUCGGGUCAGCCGUACAUGCCGGGCACAGCAGGUCACCCUGGUAUUCCCCCCGCUCAGAUCCACCCCAUGCAGAUGCCCCCCAGUAUCACUCUGAUGGACCGCAGACCUCCUCACGACUACCUGCCCAUCGCCGUCCUCACCACCGUCUGCUGCUUCUGGCCCACGGGAAUCAUCGCAAUCAUCAAAGCCGUGCAGGUGCGGACGGCCAUCGCUCGGGGGGACAUGGUUACCGCGGAGAUUGCAUCGCGUGAAGCUCGUAACUUCUCCUUCAUCAGUUUGGCGGUGGGCAUUGCCUCCAUCGUCCUGUGCACCAUCCUCACCGUGGUCGUCAUCAUCGCGUCCCAGCACCAUGACGACGACUGGGAGCCAUAGCGACAAUAACAGCUAACCCACACAACAAUUAUAGAAAUGAAACGCCGUACGUCUUUAGAUAGAAACUGAAUAUACAGAGGAGUGAUCAUAGCAAUGUCAAUGCACUGCUAAGAGUCUUAUAUAUGCAGUCUUUCAAAUACAGAUAUUAACCCAAAACCAUAAGGCACGGGAUGGUAGAUAUUUUGAUAAUUGCUGUGUAAAAGUGCACUAUGUAACUUUAAAGGUCUGGGAGUCAGCCACCUGCUUGUCUUGCCUGACCUGAGAUGUUCCACUUUAUGGCAUUAAAGUUUUAUUGCUUAAAAAUACCUUUAAAACAUGCUUCUCCACAGAUCUUACCUGUAACUUGGCCUGCUGACACCACCCGGUUGUGUCCAUGGAUAUAGUUUAAUGUCAUACUAUGGAACAUUACAGACAAAGCAGAAAUGUCUCCAUGGGGACAAGCAUGUAGCAGAAACGUUACCCUCCACCAGAAAAGUUGCAUAGUGCGUCUUUAAUUUCAACAGCGUUCGUUUACGUUUAUGAGUAUUUCAUGAACAUUAUCUUAACACAUUCAAAAACCAUGAACCAAAACUUGUACUGUAUCAACCAGCUGCCUCUCAUUUACAUCGGCAUGAGAAGGUACAAUUAGACAGACGGUUUUAGAAAUUCUGUUUUCGUAUUAUAGAAAAUCCUAGCAAAAUUUGACUUUUAUUUCUUUUUAAAAAUCUUGUAAAACCAUUGCUUAGCUGAAAAUUUCUGUUUAAUUUCAUUUUGAGUUUGGCACAUUUUGAGAAAUCACCUAAACUACCAUUCAUCCUUUGCUUAUAGACAUCAGUGGUGGAAGGUAACGAAGUACAAGUAGUAAAGUACUGUACUUAAGUAAUUUUUUUAGGUAUCUGUACUUUACUUGUCAAUUUUACAGUGGAUAUUUUUUGCUUGUACUUCACUACAUCUGAGAGCAGUAUCUGUACUUUCUGCUCCACUACAUUUUUGAACUGGACUAAGAAGUUAAAAAGUACUUUUCACAUGAUUUGAGGGUUAUUUUUACCAUGUUUGUGGAAACAUCCUGACUCAAGUUUACAAGUUCAAGCUUCGGCUUUGAGAAAACAAAAAUAAAUACACAAAAUUCAGAAGAAAAAUUUUGAAAUGGGUUUGUAUUGCUACUUUUGACCAAAAUAUGUCUCAUUUUUAAUCAAUAUCACUACAUUUAACACUUUAACAAAUUAACAACACUUGUGUGAAAUUCUUUUACUUUUUACUUUUAAAGUACAUUUUUAAACAGGUACUUUAAAUGCUUUUACCUAAGUAGAUUUAUUUAUGUGAUACUUUUACUUUUACUUGAAAACUUUUUACCUUUGUAUCUGUACGUUUACUUAAGUAACAAAAUGUAGUACUUCAUCCACCACUGAUAGACAAACACAUGACAAACUCCAAUUAAUGUGUGUCGAUAAUUAGACUAAAUAAAUCCACUUUUAACAGUAUUAAGUCUUAUUAAUACAGCUGUAAUCUGACUUCCAUGUUUCUACUAAAUUACCUGUUUUAACCAACUACUACACACAUACAAAAUUAAUCAGAAGUGUGUGUGUGUGUGUGUGUAUGUGUGUCUGUGUCAAUGUGUGUGUCUGUGUCUGUGCGUGUGUGUGUGCGUCUGUGUGUGUGUAAACAGCUGCAGAUUACAAUGACACAGACAAACUGUGACUGCAGUGGAAGAACAAAGCCUCUCUCAUUAAGUAUUUAUUCUUUUGUUUUAUUCAUUGGGGCCUUUGCUGUUUGUAUCCUCUGAAUCAACUUACAGAUAAAGUUUUGUAGAUUUUAAUUAAGGUUUUGAGUUUAUUUAUUAAAAAAAAUAUGUGCCAUUUACACUGACCAGGUGAAAAACCUCUUUAAUAUUGCCAAACUGCAUAAGAGAGUGUUCCCAGUGAGUUAAAGAUACACUAUGUAACUUUUCUGAUGGAGGGUCCGGCUCCUGCUUUGCCUGGAGAAUAUUCCAGAUAAAGCAAUAGCAAACCAAGGAGAUGUCAACCGAAAAAGUUAUAUAGUGUACUUUUCAAAUGGCUUGAAUUCAGAAUAUUGAUCUCGUUUUGAUUUGUUUAGUUUAAUUUACAAGCACCACAUACUUUUUCUGUCACGUUUAUAAGGCGUUAGCUUAAAAGUGAAUCUGUAUGUAAGAAGAUGUAUUUGAUUUUAAGUCAAUUCAUCUAUUUGUCCAUUUUUACAUCAUCUAGAUCAGUGGUUCUUAACCUGGGUUCGAUCGAACCCGAGGGGUUUGGUGAGUCAGUGUCAGGGGUUCGGCGGAGGUCAAGACACGCACCGACUCAUAUGAUUCACAGACUGUGAGCGUUUCCAGACGCUGGCCGUGUCCCAGUUUGACAAAUGCACCCUUUGAUGUGCCUAUCGACGUACCUGCCCGACUUAAAUGAGCCGUUCGAAUGGCAUAAAAACAUAAAACGACAU